AUGACGGAGGCUUUAAGGCUAUCAGAAUUAGGAAGUGCGAGACAAAAGCAACCAUAUGAAUUAAUGAUGGAGGCUACUGCAUUACUUAAGCUUCGAAAAGCUGAGGAAGAGGCUAAGUCUCGACAGAGUCAGGCUGAGUCUGGUAACAUUCCUGUCGUACAAGAGCUAAAUUCAAAUGAAGCAGAUGAAACCCUUGUCGGAGAUGAACCAGCCACUGAGUCUCACGAGAACAAUGGUGCUAGAAGCACAAAUUAUUCCAAAGAUACAUCCAACGGUAUUGGCGAUUUGAUUGAAGCAUUUUCCGAAACUACACUCGAAACACCAGUCAUAAAGAAGGCACCCAAGGGAAUCUGGAACGAACUAACGGAUAAUGCGGAUCCUAAGUUGACUAGCUAUCGCUCGCUUGAUAUCACGCCUGACCCUUCCUGGCUCGAAAGUAUCUUGAGCAAAGUCAAUAGCAUUCUCGAAAAGACUGCAGACGGAGGGCAGUUGAAAGGUGGCGAUAAAGACUCUGCUAUCGGGCGGCGAAAUGAUAUUCUCAAAAUUCUUAUACAAGGAGCUCUAGAGCUGGGUUCACAUAUACUCGAUUCUCCCGAGAUUGCCAGAAAGCUUGCUGCACAGCACGGUAUUCAAAACGAAGAUUCUUGUAAUGCAGUUCCCUCAAUUGGAACUGGGACCGAUAACUCCACAGACGAGAAUAUCAAUAUCGUAUCGACACCAUGUGAGAAUUGUUGUGAUACACUGGCUCCCCACCAAGAAGUCGAGGUUACGGAAAAGCCUACCCAGGACUCACGCGAUCGAUCGAUUUGGUUUAAAUAUCAUUCAAAAAGACCACAAAGUUUGUACUACACUAUCGAUUUGUACGAGCGGGUCCAUCGUUUUCAUUUGGAGAAAUUCGAAGUGAAAAAGGCGACGAAGACCGUAGCUCGUUUAUAUGUACCAACAAAAUCACCACCACCAACACGACGACCAACGAACUUCGACGCCUCAAAAGCUCAAGUUAUCAAUGCUAUCAGCGGUUGGGUUCCCAUGGUACUCGAAAAAGGAUGUCCAAAUUCAUUUAUCCCGAACAAAAUCUGGACCGAAAAAGUCCAGCAAAUGUGUCAAACGAUCGGUUAUAAGUUGCGAGAUGAUUCACUCGACCGCGGGAACCCAGGCAUUUACAAUGCAUGUCACGCCGAGAAAAAAGUUAUAGCCUACUGGCUCUACACUCAUGUCCUGAGUACACUAUCCAGCAACCAAUGUGUGAUUUGGGAAAAAGGUGAUGAGCCUAUAAGGCCAGAAUAUUACGAGGGCCUUUUCAUCGUUGUCAGUAAGCCUUUCUGCAAUUGCUGUGUGGAUUUCAUGAAUCGCGUAGCGAAUUACUACAAAAUCUCUUUCGCGGUACAUUGUCCAGACAAAGUAUUUAAUUUUCCAUACUAGGAGAGGAGUUGCAACGAGAUGGCUAGAAUAUGGGAUGGCGUUGGUCUGCGCAUCUUAUUCUCAUUCUGUUACCCUUGGCUAUAUAUACAUUGGACUUAAAGUUGUGGUGCAAACAAGCGUCGAAUUAAAGAUAACAUAACAUAACAUUACAAUCAUACUUGAAAUCACUCCUCAUGAGGUAGUACAAUAUACACUACUACAUCACUUUCAAGUAGAUAUCUGAAGGUUAUAUGCUAUCCAUCCACCAUCCCACUAUCAUCUAUCCACCAACCUAACCCAAAUAAAACCAUCCCAUCCCAUCCCAUCCCAUCCCAUCCCAUCCUA